UGAUCGUAAUACGGAGCUGGAACGUUCAGCCAUGAUUGAAGAUUUCGCAGCUAAAAUUGCCCAGAAUGGCAUGGAGAUCUCCCAGCUCACUGCUAAGCACGCUGUUGAAAAGGAGAGACUUGAGGAAACCAUUGAAGACUACAAGCGGAUGCUCUUUGACCAUCGCGAAAAAAUUAACGCUUUAAUCAACACCCAUCAGAAGACGCUGGCAGAAACGGAUCAGUACUUUGGACAAGAAAUCAACAGUCUGAAGCAGGAAAUUCAUUCGCUCCAGAACCAACUCAAUCAGCAGAUCCGCAAAAACGUUGCGUUGAACGAUGAACUUCAACGCUCCAAUAAAAUUAGGGAGGAAUUGAGCGUGCGACUCCGAGCCGAGCGAGAAAUCCAAAAUAAACUUAAAGAUGCUCCUGGUUUUCAAGGCGCUCAAAGUCGUCCCCUGCAGGAGAGCUCCUUCGGGAAGCGGGUGUCGCUCCCGUCGCCGAUCUUGACAGCGGCGCAUCCCUUCGACACGGGCCGCACCCCUGCCACAUCGUUUCCCGCCCCCUCUCAUCUACCCCCGCCCCGGGAGGAAUCUGGCGACCCCGGAGUGUCGGAGGUCACUGAUGCCCUCGCAUUGCAGAGCCUCUCGUCACAGUCGCAAACGGAGAAGCCGAAAGCAGGAGCCUCCGAGAGAAGGAGCUUCGUCGGGGGAAGAGACCCCUCCGCCCUGUCCGACGAGGAGAAUGCUCUAUCUUACCCCAUGAAAAUCAAGAGGAAGAAGCUCUUCUCCGAGGAAAGUACCCGCUGUCUGUGAGAUAUCCACCACUUCCUCCUUUUACCAUUAUAAAUACGCUAAUUUGGUACUAACGUCCAUUUUAUGUUCCACGUGUUUUUAAUUUUUGAAUAUCCAGUGAGAUCUUUCUUUGUUCGACCCAUCUAGGGGCUAAAUUCUGCCUCCUCGAGUGUCACAUUUGGAAAUACCUUGUAUUAUCAGGAAAACAGUGGCGUAGCGUGAUUUGCAAUGUAUCUAUUUAUCUGCCAUUUAAACAGCUGGAAAAAGAUCAACA